UCCCCUGCUCUGCUUCCCACUACUCCUCCUACUAUUCCAUAGUACACCACUGAUGCCAACAACUGCCGCUCCGCUGCCACUAGUCACCAUCUCGAGUCUCCGCCCAAUUUUUAUUACGGAGCACCAUCGCCCACGCCCAAUCAUCGUUCGUCUCCAAUCCCCAGAGGCACCCACCUCCGCCCCGGCCACGCGCGAGAUCCCACGCACCAAAAACCGCGCGCGGAUUCUCGCCGGCAUCGAUCUCGCACCGCGCCUGCUGGUUGGGAUCCGUACUUCGGCUGUGCGAGGCGGAGGCGAUGGCCGCGGCGGCGAAGCUGACGCGGAGCUUCUCGCGGCAGCUGUCGUCUGGGGCGGCGCGGGUGUGGCGCCAGCUGUCGCUGGAGCCGCACACCCCACGGCGUGGCGCGGCCGCGGCGACGGGGGCCGUUGCGGCGGCGGCGGGGCCGACCAGGUUCGGCCUCGCCAGGCAGUCGUCGCUCGACCCGACGCCGGCGCCCGACGCGGCUGUGCUCGCCAUGCCGGAGAACCUGGACGCCACCAUGCGGCUGCUGUACGCGGCGUGCCAGGGCGACGCGGGCGGCGUGGAGGAGCUCCUCAGGGAAGGGGUGGACGUCGACAGCAUUGACUUCGACGGCCGCACGGCGCUGCACAUCGCCGCCUGCGAGGGCCGGGGGGAGGUGGUGCGCCUGCUGCUCGGCUGGAAGGCCAACAUCAACGCCCGCGACCGAUGGGGGAGCACGCCAGCAGCGGACGCUAAACAUUACGGGCACUUUGAAGUUUACAACCUUCUCAGAGCAAGAGGAGCAAAACUUCCGAAAACCAAGAAGACUCCAAUGGCUGUGUCAAAUCCCAAAGAAGUUCCGGAGUAUGAACUGAACCCUCUUGAACUCGAGUUCCGAAGAGGAGAGGAGGUUACAAAGGGUUACUAUGUAGCCAAAUGGUAUGGCUCCAAAGUUUUUGUGAAGAUACUUGACAAAGAUAGCUUCUCAGACGGAGAUAGCAUAGAUGCAUUCAAACACGAGCUUACUUUACUGGAGAAAGCACGGCAUCCCAAUUUGGUCCAAUUUGUGGGAGCUGUUACACAAAAUGUACCACUGAUGAUUGUUUCAGAAUACCACCAAAAAGGUGAUCUAGCGAGUUAUCUUGAGAUAAAAGGUCGCCUGCAAUCUUAUAAAGCGAUCAGGUUUGCCCUUGACAUUGCAAGGGGACUAAAUUACCUUCACGAGUGUAAGCCAGAGCCAAUUAUCCACGGUGAUUUGUCACCAAAAAAUAUUGUGCGGGAUGAUGAAGGAAAACUUAAGGUGGCAGGCUUUGGAUCACUUGAUCUGACAAAAGUCUCCCAAGAUAAACUACAGAUGGUUCAGCCAGUGUCAAAUUUUGAAAGUGUAUACAUUGCUCCUGAGAUGUACAGAAACGAAGCAUUUGACAGAAGUGUGGAUACAUUUGCAUUCGGUCUCAUUCUUUAUGAGAUGAUUGAAGGAUCUCCUGCAUUUCACCCAAAGCCUCAAGAGGAAGCGGCCAAGAUGAUUUGUUCAGAGGGUUUGAGACCAUUAUUCAAGAAUAAAUCCAAAUCAUAUCCUGAGGGCGUGAAAGAGCUAAUACAAGAGUGCUGGGAUCCAACACCUUCUGGCAGGCCAACGUUCUCAGAUAUAAUUGUACGCCUGAACAAGAUAUCUGCAAGUUGUUCCAAGCAAACUCGCUGGAGAGACAACUUCAAGCUACCAUGGAAACAAGCUGUGCACAAAUAGUUCUGAUCUUCCACGAGACUGUCAUGCCCCCCCCCCCCCCCCCCUGCAUAUGUUAGUAAACACGGUGAAAACUAUAUUGGUAUACGGGACAGAAGUUGUUCCUUUACAAGGUUUUUGUAUGUCCAGUUAUAAUUCCUUUGUUUUUAUACCUCUGGUUAAGUGUAUUUCGAGUUACAUUCAUUCAAAUGGGAAGAAUGUACUAAGUUCCUGAA